AUGAGCACUUGGACCGCAGACGGACGAACCGAGUCCUGGCCCAAGACCCUUCUUCCGGACAAAAUCACCCGAGCUCGCAUACUCACGUAUGGAUACGAUGCAUACGUUGUAUCGAAAUCAGUGGCAGGAUCGAACCGGUUAAUCGACCACGCCACGAACCUCGUCACAGAUUUGACAACUGAGAGGGCAGGCUGCGGUGCCUCGUCUCGCCCUCUCAUCUUCGUCGCCCACAGCCUAGGUGGACUUGUCUGCAAGGAGGCCAUCCUAAUCUCACGAAACAACCCGGAGCGUCGUCGCCAAGAUAUCUUCUUGAACCUCAAAGGCAUCAUUUUCAUGGGUACUCCUCACAAGGGGGCGUGGAUGGCUGAUUGGGCGAAUAUGCCCGCUUCUGCUCUCGGCUUGUUUAAGUCAACCAACAAAUCACUUCUUCAGAUUCUGGAAACUAACAACCAAAUGCUUGAGUCUAUUCAACGCAAAUUCUUAGCGUUAUUACGGGAACAGCGUGAGGAAGGCAGACAACUCGAGGUCCGGUGCUUUUUUGAGGAACUACCUCUUUCUGUAGUUGGAAAAGUUGUGUCUAAAGAAUCAGCUACUUUAGAGGGUUACGACCCAAUCAGCAUCCACGCAAAUCAUAGAGAUAUGGUUAAAUUCUUCUCCGCCGAAGAGAACGGAUUCAAGAGGCUUGUUGGGGAGCUAUUGGUACUGGAACAUGAGAUCGAUGAGAGGAACGAGCCGCUUUCAGGACGAAGCGAUCCAACCACGGAAGUCAAGGAGGGCAAUAUAUCAACCAAGCAUACCAAACACUAUCUUCCGUAUCCAAGAAACAGAAAUUUUAUAGGACGCCAGGAGAUGAUCGACAACCUUCAACAGCUCAUCUUCGCCAAUUCAGAUCACCAACGGGUCGCCCUUGUCGGACUGGGCGGGAUGGGUAAAACUCAGAUUGCUCUCCGAAUUGCACAUCUGGUGAAGAAUAAUUCACUUGAACAGAAAGAUUACUCAAUCCUCUGGAUUCCCGCCCUCAGCAUGGCCAGUUUUGAGGCAGCAUGUACUAAAGUUAUUCAAGAUUUUGCGAUUGAAAGUGCUGCAGACGAAGACCCCAAACAAGCAGUCCAAGACUUUCUCAACUCUGAUAGGGCCGGGAAAUGGUUUCUUAUCAUUGAUAAUGCUGAUGAUAUGAGCGUUUUAUAUGAACCAAAGCAUCAACCAGGCGGAAUCGUCAAUUUCCUUCCUGACAGUGACAACGGGCGUAUUUUGUUCACAACAAGAUCCCGAGAAGUAGCCACGAGUGUCACGACCAAUAUCCUUGAACUUCCUGAGAUGAGUUUGGCAGAGGCAAAAGACCUUUUAAAGAAUUCUUUAAUUGACAAGAAUCAAAUCCAGGAUGAUGGCCUCAUCAACGACCUUUUGCAGGAGCUCACUCCCUUGCCGCUUGCCAUCGCGCAAGCAUCGGCAUACAUGAACCAGAACAGGGUAUCAAUCAAAGGCUAUCUCCGGCUUUUCCAGAAUACAGAUCAAGAUAUGGUAGAGCUAUUGAGAUGCGGGCUUCACGACGGCAGCCAUUACCAAAGAGAUCAGGGCGCGGUCGCUACUACAUGGAUUGUAUCCUUCAACCAGAUUCGCAGCACAGACGAGGAUGCUGCGAAACUGCUACAGUUCACAUCUUAUAUUGAGCCGAAAUCCAUACCUCGAACACUGCUUCCUGAUUUAGGGUCUGAACAAAGCAUGACAAGCGCAAUCGGCACCCUUUGUGGAUACGGUUUCCUAAGUCAACGAGAAGACAGCACGAUAUACGAUAUGCAUAGUCUAGUGCAUUUAGCCACACAAUUAUGGACUGCAAACCAUGACCCUGAGGGAAAACACUUGCAGGUGGCAAUAACGCGCCUCGUUGUGAGAUUUUCAUUUUCUACCUGGAAUUUUCGGGAGCAACGGGAGCUGUGGCGACAAUACUUCCCACAUGCUCUAAAAGUCCUUCACGCAGCACCGAAUGACGAGAAUGAAGAUAUCCACGCAUUGAAAAUACAGGUUGGCUUAUGCCUGUUUGAAGAUGGGCGGGUGAAGGAAGUGAUCAAACUGCUAGAGCCUGUGGUUGGAAUUGAAGAGACAUUAUCAGAGGACCACUGUCCUCGCCUGGUCCCAUCUCAAAUACUCGCAAGAGCAUAUGAAGUUAAUGGAGAAGUAAAGAAAGCAGUUUGA